AUGUCUUCAACUCUAAUAUCUCUUGUUAUCGACAAUACAGGCCUGCAUGGAAACUUCCCAGAAGACGUUUUCCGCUUUCCAUUCCUCCAAAAGUUCAAUUUAACUAGAAAUGUAUUUCUAACAGGUACUUUACCAAAGUAUAAUUGGAGCUCUUCACUGAGAUUCUUGGAUCUCUCUGAGACAAAUUUCUCAGGAAAGUUACCUGACACAAUCGGCAACCUUAUAUACUUGAAUGUUUUGAAUUUCUCUGGUACAAGUUCCCCUGACACUCUUGGGGACUUGAAUAUGAUAGAUCUUUCUUUCAGCAAAAUCAAAGGGUCGAUUCCAACAUCAUUUUGGAACUGCACGACAAUAACUUCUUUGGAUUUGUCAGGCAACAAGUUUACAGGCGAAGUUGCAACUGGUCAGUUGUCGUCUUCAGCAUUCAACCUCUCACAGCUUUCUGUUUUAGACUUUUCUGGAAAUCAAGUUGAAGGUCAUAUUCCCUUUCAGAUGUUGGCUACAUCCCCUGCGCCAUCUCUCCGGCGCACCUACCAACUGGCCGUCCAAGACGAAAGCCAGAGAUCGGCUUCGUCUGAAACCCAAUCCAGUAUUGAAGCAGCUAACUUCGCUGUCAAUCCCCAAUGGCGGCAGAGUGGCCACUCAGAUAUGAAAACUGGAAAUGACAAGGGAAGGCUAGGGCAAACUGAUGGUGAAAGUCACAAUUUAUAUGGAGGAUUUAACGGCCCAGAUUUGACCUCCUCAUCCUACGGCUCACACUCAACUGGGCUUAGUAAUAAUCGUUCGGGCUCAAACUUGGUUACCAGCCCAAAUUCCAGAAAUAGCCCAAUUUUUGUAGUUGGCCCAAACUUAGGCAAUAACCCAGUCCACUCCACAAAUUUUAAUUCCUCCCAUGGGCCUUUCAAAUCCAACAAAAAUCGUUAUUGCGAUUUUUGCAAGAGGAGAAACCACGCAAGAGACACUUGUUGGAAACUACAUAGCCGUAACCAAACUCAACGGUCUGGAUCUGCCACUGCCAAUCAAGCAAGUCACCCUGUUAAUUAUGAGAGUACCGCUACGGUCCCUAUGUUUAGUCAAGAACAAUAUCGUUAG